CCCGCGCUGCAGAGAUUGCUCACUUCCACAGCUGCCAGAAAGAUGAAGAAAGCAUUGGGUCUCAAAUCACCGGGCUCCGGCUCCAAGAAGAGUCAUGAGUCAGCCGGGUCUGGGGUCGGGUCAGGUCUAGGAAAGCCUAGGUGGGCCAUGAUGGUGGGUGAGCUAAUGAGGAUCCAAAUGGGGAUUUAUGAGGCCACUGACUCCAGAGUCAGAAGAGCUCUACUCAGGAUUUCUACUUCUCAGCUCACCUGCUCCAAUGGCUUCCGUUGUCCCUGAAAACCUCAGCAGAGAACAGUACGUGUACAUGGCGAAGCUCGCCGAGCAGGUCGAGCGGUACGAGGAGAUUGUGAGCUUCAUGAAGAAGCUUGUCGUCGACUCCAUCACCGUCGGGAUCGAGCUUACGGUGAAGGAGCACAACCUGCUUAGCGUCGCCUUCAAGAACGUCAUCGGCUCGUUCCGCGCCGCCUGGCGCAUAAUCUCGUCAAUUGAGCAGAAGGAUGAAGGCCGCCACAACGAGGAGCAUGUGGCGCUCAUCAAGCAGUACAGAUCCAAGGUAGAAACCGAGCUCUCCGCCAUCUACGCCGGAAUCCUAGAGCUCCUGCGGUCGCACCUUGUUCCUUCGGCUACCACCGGAGAGUCCAAGGUCUUCUACUUGAAGAUGAAUGAUAAUUACCAUCGGUACCUCGCCAGGUUCAAAAAUGGCGACAAGAGAAAGACCACCGCCUAGGACACCCUGGAUGCCUGACCCGGAGAUUGCAUGACUAACAAAUGUUGGCCAGCUACUUGAGAGGAAGGGAAAAUAGCUUUUGGGUUUCAGACUGGCCUCUAGCUCUCCUUCGACGACAAUGGCUGGAGACAAAAAGGUUUAUACUUUGGCUAAGGUCUCCGCUCACAGU